GUGUCCGAGGAGUCCCGCUCCCGCUUCGUCCGUUACUCCGACGAGGACCUGGCGCACGUCAAGGCGCUCAUGUGCGAGAGCGACUGGCAGGCCAUCCGCCUGCAGUGCUGUCUCCUCCAGCAACAGCUCGGCUCGCUGUCUGCGGUGAAGCCCGUCAGGAGCACGCAGGUGGCCGCCGACGAGGCCUCCAAGCGCCUGCAGCGGGCCCGCGGCGAGUUCGAACGCAAGAAGGAGGCAGCCCACGCGGCGCUGCAGGCGGCCUACGCGCAGGAGCAGCAGGCCGCCAAGUUGCAGGCGGAGCUGGACGAGCCCGUCGAGAAGGCCAGGCGCGCGAUGGCGGAUCCGCCGCUCGCAGCCGCGCAGGCCGACGAUCCCUACAAAGCGGGCAUCACCAAGUACACGACGAUGGUGCGCUCUGUGGCAGACAGCCUCGGCGGGGUGGACCUUGGCGAGCUUGCGGGCUCGCUCACCGCCCCCAUCGCCGCGCUCAACGGGGACGUGGCAGCCUGCGAGGCGUCGCUGGCUCAGCCUGUUGCAGCGCCUGCUCCAGCCGCCCCUGCCGUUGGAGCGCCACCUCAGGACGGUGCGGCGCCUCCUGCUACAGGCGCGGGCGGCGAGCACCUGGCGGCUGGGGACGAAGAUGGGGGCGAGGCGAAGCUCAGCCUCACCCCUGAGGCCGUCGCGGCGGCCGCGGAGUCCUCCUGCGAGGGCGACGCCGAGAAACGCAAGUGGCUCGAAGGGCGCGGGCGGGGUAGCAAGUGGAAGCUGGCUGCGCUCAACAUGAACGCGUACUCGAACCUCGACAAGUGCCUCACGGCCCAGAUUGAUGUGAGCGACGCGGUGCUUUUCCAGGAGACCAGGCUCAGCGGAGUCGUGUUGGCGAACGUGCACCUCGAGAGCGGCGCCGGGGUGGGCGGGUUGAACUUCGCGGCGCUCCGCGAUGCGGCGCGCAGACUGAAGGGGCACGGCAGGUCGUGCGUCGCGGGCGGCGGCUUCAACUGCACAAAGGCCGAGCUUGCGCAGAGCGGGGCCCCGCGGCACUUCGACGGGGCGCGCGUGGAGACGCUCGAGCCGACCUGCGUGCAGCCGAUGCGCUCCAUCGACCGGUUCAUCGCGUCGAUCAGCCUGCGCGUACUCAGCGUGGAGGUGAUCAGCGGAUCGCCCGCGUGGCCGCGCAGGCCAGUGGUGCUGGGGCUGGAGGCCUCUCGCGGGAGGCCCUACAUCCGCGUGAUGGACUUGCCCAAGAGCCCCCCGCUGGCGCGACCUGCUGGCCGCGCGCGGCGGGCCCACGACGUGCCGUGGGCCAGCGUCGGCAAGGACGUGCAGCAGCUCCUGCGCAUC